CAUGCUGUUUCACACUACCAACGCAUUCACAUACGCGCCAGCCUGUAAACCACGCUUCAACCACCUGUCGCGGUGCUCUCCCCCUCACAGCAGACUUUCUGCUCGCGCCACAAUGGCUACCCCCGAGAAAGUUAGCACCGGUUAUCUAUUCCACGAGAGCUAUUUCUGGCACAACCCAGGCUUUAUUCAGAACUUCAGGGAAAACCUUGAGCCCUGGCGCCAUUGGGAGAAUGCGGAGACAAAGCGCCGGUUCCACGGCCUGGUGCAGGUCAGCGGGCUGUUCGACCAGCUCCAACACCUUAAGCCGCGGCACGCGACAGAGGAGGAGCUCGCGCGGGUACAUGACCCCGCCUACAUCUCGCGUGUGAAGGAGAUGUCAGCGGAUGAGAGCAAGGGCCACCACACCGCCGGCGACGUCGCCACGUUCGCUCCGGGCGGCUACGAAAUCGCCUCCCUGGCCGCGGGUGGCGCCAUCGUGGCGACUGAGGCGGUGCUGCGCGGGGAGCUGCGGAACGCAUACGCCCUGGUGCGGCCACCGGGCCACCACGCGGAGCGCGACCACGGCAUGGGCUUCUGCAUCUUCAACAACGUGGCGGUGGCGGCGGCGCACGCGCUGGCGGCGCACGGGCUGAAGCGCGUGGCCAUAGUGGACUUUGACGUGCACCACGGCAACGGCACACAGCACAUCUUCGAGUCGGACCCGCGCGUGUUGUUCAUCAGCGUGCAUCAGGACUCCAACUACCCGUUGCGAUCCGGCUACGUGACGGAGACGGGCACGGGCGAGGGCGAGGGCGCCACCAUAAACGUGCCGCUGCCGCCCGGCUCCGGCAGCGGCGCCUACAAGGCCGCCUUUGAGCGGGUGGUGCUGCCGGCCCUGGAGGCGUACAGGCCGGAGCUGCUGCUGGUGUCUGCGGGCUAUGACGCCUCCUACAUGGACAUGCUGGCCGCCAUGAUCCUCUCGAGCGCUGACUUUGGCUGGAUGAUGGCACAGCUGAAGGCGGCGGCGGAGCGGCUGUGCGGCGGGCGGCUAGUGGCGCUGCACGAGGGGGGUUACAGCGAGCUCUACGUGCCCUUCUGCGGGCUGGCGGCGCUCCAGUCGCUCAGCGGCGUCGCCACCGCCGUGGCCGACCCCUGGCUGCACGAGGUCAGCGCCUGGGGGUACCAGGACCUGCAGCAGCACCAGCAGGCGGCGGUGGAGGCGGCGGCGGCGGCGCCGCUGGACCGGCUGCGGUCGCGUGUGGCGGCGAUGGAGGCGGCGGGCAUGUGAGAAAGGGAGGUGGAGUGGUGUGAUGGUGGCGGUGGUGGAGUGUUGGCGUGAUGGUGGUAGUGGUGGUCGUGAUGGUGGUCGUGGUGGUGGUGGUCAUUUAAGGGUUACAUACGUGGCAAAGCCACUGGUGACUAGGGUUGAUAGGCAGGUAAUGUUGGUGUGAUGUGCUGGUGUGAUGUGUCGGUGUGGCGUGUUUGGAGGCGAUGUGACAGGGUAAGGGGCAAGCCUUGGGGCAGGCGCAGUCCAUCGUAUGCAGCGUGUUUGGAGGAGUGUGUGUGGAGGGUGUGGAGCAGUGUAAGGCAGUGUGCUUGUGCUGGGUGCCAGGGGUGUAGCGUCGUGACUGCGGGUACGGACUACGGAUGCCCGAAAGCAUUUGAGCGGACUGUGAAGCGCUUCGCGCCGGUCCGCCGUGUGUGCCGGUGACGGGGCACCGGGGAAGAUGAAGUUCCCAAUUUCCCGUGCAACGGCCGCAGUGAAGCGUCCAACAAACAUGGUGUUAAAUGGCUUUACUUUCACGA